UUCCUCCCUCCCUCCCUCCCUUCCUCCCUCCCGGGCCCGCGAUGCCGAAGCGCUCCUGCCCCUUCGGGGACGCGGCCCCGCUCCAGCUGAAGACCCGCGUGGGGCUGCGCGAGCUGAGCCGCGGGGUGCGGGGCGAGGAGUACCGGCGGGAGGUCUUCGAGAGGACCAGGCGGCUGCUCUUCAGGGGCGCCCAGGCGUACAUGGAGGGCGCCUGGCCCGCCGGCGGCCCGGGCACCUGCGCUGUCAGCCGCUCGCCGGAGCCGGGCGGGGAGGCCCAGGACACCCGCUCGGGGCGCCGCUGGAGCGGGCAGCUGCUCAUCGGCCACGACGGGAAACUGCUGAGGCGCUCAGCGGCCAUGGAAAAGGUUCUACCAGUGGGAGUUUCCAAAGCCUGUUCCUCGUGCGUAAGAACGGCUGAUGUCAAGGAAGCAUGUACGCAGUGUGACCAGUUUGUAUGCCAGAACUGCAGCAGGCUCUGCAGCUCCUGUAACGCAGUUACUUGUUCUUUGUGCUCCGUUAUUGAGAGAGAAGACUGACUCUGCAGAAGACAGAUGGCAUUACCAUUCCUUGUGAUCCUGUGGGGGAUUUUUCCAGAUGAGGAGUUGGAAGCUUCUUUGCGCUGUUACAUACAGCCUUCCUCUCUAGCACCUCUUGACUGCUAUGGGCCUCCACCAGACUCUUUACCAGUAUCAUAUUCCACAUACAUACACACUCUUGCAUGCACUUUGGUUCUAUGUAAAUUUGAGCUAAACCUAGUAGAAAAAUAGAUAAAUGUAUUUGGAUCUAGGGUUGUUAUUUCCCUCUCCCUGCACCUGAAAAAGAUCUCUUGCUGUCUUUUACAUUCUUGCAAUGUGUCUGUUUUUUAUAUCAGGAGUGCUAACAAAAACUGAGUUUCUAGCAUUGAUCAUAUAAAAGACAGUUGCUAUGUUUUGCAUAGAGAAUCACAGACAACACUACUUCACCCUUUCAUAUUAAUUUCAUCAGUCAAUCUCAGCACUCUACUGUAGUGUUAGGACACUUAUUCUGCCACUGAGAAAUACACAGCACAGACGUGACAACUCUCAAAGUAAUCCAGAAAACCACUGGUCAGCCUAGGAAUAGGAAUAGAAUACAUCACCUUCAUCACCCAAUGAUCUGUCUCCAAGAGCAAGCAAAACCAAGGCAAAUCUAAGGAAUAUUUUAAAUAACAAGCAGACACCUUUGCUCUUCAGUUUCUUCAUAAUGGAGCAAAUUAGCACAGAAAAAUAAUACUUCAGAAAGGUAACAUGAUUUCAGUUUUUUAGAGUUGCAAGCAAAGGGAGAUGCUAAGUUUGAUUGCUUUAUCUUAGUUGCACAUUAAAUUUAUGACAACCUCACCUCUGUAAAUAAGCACGUUUUGUACUGCUUUAUUUUCUUACACUUUCCCUCCUCUGCAACUUUUCAGUCUCCAUUUGCAAAAAGUGACCUUCCUCAUUCCACUCCAUUCUCAUUCAAUUCCAUCUUGUACUUGUUGUUGGAUUGUCAUCAAAUUCCUGGUUGCUUAUUUAGCUUCUCCUUUCAGCCAGUAAUUUCAGAAUGAGGAAUAAUUGUGACAGUUGAAAAUAUAUGGAAAGUCUGCUAUAGUCUGCAUCCUUCUGUCUUCAGAACAGUAUCACUCUCUGCAUUUUUAUUAUUAAAGUUCAUAAAAGGU